AGCGUUUGGGCCCCGGGGACCAGGGUCAAUGUUUUUGCAAAUAUUAAUAGAUCAACUUGUCGUGCAUUUUUUUUUUAUCCAAAUGAAAGUCUAUCCUCCUUAUUCGUCUCCAUUAUUUGCCAAUUUGCCAUUAUUUCAAUCAUGAGUAUUUAUUUAUUUAGUAAUAAUGAGUUUAUUUUGAUAUUAAACUAGUUAUAAUUAAUUUCAAGUGUAACAAAAAAAAAAUGUUUUCAUAACUUUUCAAUCCGACAAUUUACACAAUAUCAUUUUUCAAUCAACCGGUAAAUAAUUAUUUUGCAUAUUCUAUAAUACAAAAAAGUUUGUAAUAAUAAUAUUAUGGAUAGACAUCUCCAUGAAGAUUUGCACCAGCAAAUGAAAAUGAAUAAAGAAAUGUUUGAUGGCAAUAAAGAGUAUCCAACUCAGUGGGCAUUAAAUCCAUCAACGUAUCAGGGCAUGAGUAAUGAUCAAGUUGAUUGGGCAGCAUUAGCACAGCAAUGGAUAAAAAUGAAAGAAGUUGUUGUACCACCAGCACCACCACCACCAUGUUUAUCAAAUAAUACAUCAAAUAAUAAUUAUGAUAAUGAUGAACGGGGUGAAGCCCCAAUGGAUAUGGAUACAAAAGAUGAUGAUAUACCACCAGCACCACCAGCACCAAAUAUUAGUGGCAACGAAAAUAAUUGGAAUCAAUGGAGUCAAUGGGGCCAAUGGAAUUCAACAGCACCUGGUGGCGCAUGUUGGGAAUGGAGUGGUGUACCACCACCAGGUGUACAAAUUGGUCCUGAUGGUAGACCAAUGGGUAAUCCAUCAAUAAUGUCAACAACCGUACCACCAGCACCAAAUAUAUCUGGACGUUCUAGUUUUAAUAUACCACCACCUGGUUCAACAACAACAACAACAACAACAACAACAACAAUACCAUAUAAUUAUAAUACACAAGUUGAUUUUAAUUCUGGUUAUUGGAGUGGUGAACAAUCACAUCAAAUGACAUCUGGACAUCAACCGCCAUUUUUAAAAGGCAUUAGACAUAAUAAUAGACCAUUACAUAUGAGAAAUGAUAUUAUUAGAAGAGAUGAUAAAGAAAAAACACCAGAUGUUGAUAGCAGUGUUGUUAUUGAUGCUGCUAAAAGAAGACAAUUACCAGCUUGGAUUAGAGAGGGUCUAGAAAAAAUGGAAAGACAAAAACACAAAGCUGUUGAAAGAGAAAGACAAGAAAUAUUGAGAAGUCAAGAAUUGGAAGCAAGAAAAAUUGCUGAAGAAGAAGCAAGAGCUGUACUUAACCCUAGUAAAAGUAAAUUUGAUUCUGAUUCUGAUAAAGAAUUAGAACAAGAUUUAGAUGAUCGAGAUAACGAUGAUAAAAAAAAUAACACUGGUAUUAGUCCAGAAAUUAUUGUUCGACCAAGAAGAUCACGUUUUAGAGAUGCUGAAUCACCUGAAUCUAGGUUGACUAAUAAUGACAGUCCAACAUUUUUACAACCAAUUGUUAAUAGUCCUGUUAAACGAUCACGUGAUGAAAUACUUCAGGAUGUGAUGUUGAAAGUAAGACGUUCAUUGACUGAAAUAUUAUUGGAAGUAACUAAUGAGGAAAUAUCAAAUGUAUGCAGAGAAGUCUGGAGCCGCGCACGCACCAAAGCCCCUGCAGGAGACACCCCCGUCGCAUCUCUCACCAACAGGGCCCCUAUUGCUCAGAUCACUCGGGAGCUCGGUCUGGGAAUUUAUGGUGACAGUAACAGCGAUUCAGAGGAGGAACAGGAAAUUCAACCAACUGAUAAUAAUGAUAGUGAUUUUGAGCUAAAGGAAACAUUGCGAAGACGUCAAGCAGCUUUUAAAAAAACCGAGGAAGAAAUUGAAGCCCGUUUAGCUGAAGAUGAAGAAAAUGAACUACGUGGUAAUGAAGAACAAACUAGCAAGUACGAUAAUCAUACAAGUAAUGAUACGAUCAUCAAAUCAUCAGUUGAUGAAAAUACGAUAAAUAAUGAAAGAGAAAAUACGUCUGAGACAAGUGAUGUACAAACACAACGUCGCCAAUUGAAUAGUGAUAAAUUAAUACGUACUCAUACACCAUCAAGAUCAAUUGAUACAACAACUACAACAACUACAACAACAACAUCACAAUCAUCAACAUCAUCAUCAUCGUCAUCAUCAUCAUCGACAUCAUCAACUGAAAGUGAUAAUACCGAUUCAAGUUAUAAUCGUAAUAAAAAAAAUCGUAAGCGUAAUAAAGAAAGAUCAAUAAGUCGUUCAAGAAAUAAAAGAUCAAAUAAAGUUUAUCGUUCAAGAUCAUCAAGUAAAAAAAAUAAUAAAAAAUUAAUAAAUGAAAAAAAAAGACGCUCAAGAUCAAAAAGUAAUUCUCGUUCCAAAUCAAGAAAACGAUCACGAUCAAGAUCUAAAAGACAAAGUAGAGAACGUAAACGUUCUCGAUCACGCAGCAGAGAUAGAGAACGUAGACGUUCAAGAUCUUAUGGUUAUUCAAAAAGACGUCCUUCAAGAUCAAGAACAAGAUCAAGAGAACGAAGAAGAUCUAGAUCUAGAUCUCGUGGCUAUCGUGAUGGUAAGAAGUCGUCGCGUCGGUACAAGGAUUGAUUCGACUUUUUGACAAAAGGUUGUAUGAAUUUUUAUGUUUUGAUAUUAUUUUUUUUAAUUUUAUAUUACAUUUAUAAUUGUAAUGAUGGGAGUAAUAGAAAUUUACUCCUGCAUGUUGACAAUCAAUGGGAUCAGAUGUGUUCUUUUUAAUUUAUUUUCUACUUUUUUUUUUUUUUUUUUUUGUACAUAUUUUUUUUUGUAUAUUGUCAUUGGGGGAUCUUGAAAUGAACUGUUCUGUUUCAGGAUUCCAGUCGUAGGUGGAACAAUCAACUCUAUGGUAUAUACGUUCUUUAUAAAAGAAUUUUAGUAUUGAUACUAAAUUAAUAAAAAUUAAAUAA